UACAACUUGUAACAUCACUGUGAAUUAGAUCUCAAGUCAUAUACCAGACUCUAAUUACAAAGUAAACAUGGCUUCUAAUAGAUUCAAGAAUAUGUUAAUAAUUUUUAAUUUAUAAACUAAUUUACUCUAAAAAAAUCAGCAUUACCUUCUAUGAUAUAAGUAUAAUUUUUCCUGCAGCAGUGUCUGCUCUUUUGCCAGGUGAUAUUCAUUAUCACUAAUAGUCUUAAUUAACAGACAUAAAUGGCUAAGAAAUUAUAGUAAUAAUUGUCUUUUUCCAAAAAUAUUCAGAGUACUACGGACAUCUCAGCAUGCCAUGUUUCUGAGUAUCUAAUUUUGAAGGUUUCAUCCACAACAAUGUGAUUACAAACAUGUUGGGGUCUAUGAUAAAUAUUGGGUUUUGCACAUUUGGUAAAACUACAUUUUAAAUUGUCUUCAUUCUAAAAGUCUUGUAUGUGUUUUUUUUUUUUCUUUUUAGUAUUUGGUUCAGACCAAUUUGAAGUUUGCUGUAGAGUUAACAUUUUAAUCAGUAUUGUCACUAUUUAUAUUUCCAGAUCCAACAAUUGAAUUUGAUCAUGGCUUUGUAUUUUUUUACUUCAUCAUUCUUUUUCCUCUUAAUAAUAAAAUCUUCUGUUUUAAGUGUCUUUAGUAAUAGUUCAAUAAGAAUGUUGCAGUUGCCAUAGUCAAAAAGUUUGUUAGAUAAACUUGGUUUGAAAAACUUCACAGAUUUUUUGACAGAUAAAUUCUCCAGUACUUCACAACUAACUGAAAAUUUGGUUACUAUAAAAUUAAACUGACCGACAUUAAUACUCCCAUUUCAGUGAUGCUGAAAUUUACCAUCAUAUGUCAGAAAAUAAAAUGAGAUGCCAAUGAAGAAAAGAUGAUUAGCGGUUCUUCACUGAUACUAUAACAUAUCUCCACUGUCUUUCUCAAGUUGGCCAGGGUGAAUAUAUCACAGUUGGCCAGGGUGAAUUUGUUGCUAAGGAUCCAUGGGAUUACAACAGUAUUUUUAUAUACUAUUACAUUUUUUUAAAUUGUUGGUUAGGACUCACUACAUUGAUUUCAUGACUGCUAAUGGGUUUCAACCUGCAGUUUGGGAAACAUUGGUGUAGAAAGAUCAUAGUGGGUAAGUGGGAGAGUGGCAACAAGGUAAAUGCAGAAUGAUAGCAAGGCCCAGGUCCCAUAAGGCUUAGUGAGCCACGAAAAGAUUGUGGCAUUUAAAGCGUGAUUAAAAAUCUUGAGGAUUGGGCUUCCCUGGUGGCGCAGUGGUUGAGAGUCCACCUGCCGAUGCAGGGGACACGGGUUCGUGCCCCGGUCCGGGAUGCCGUGGAGUGGCUAGGCCUGUGAGCCAUGGCCGCUGAGCCUGCGCGUCCGGAGCCUGUGCUCCGCAACGGGAGAGGCCACAACAGUGAGAGGCCCGCGUACAAAAAAAAUCUUGAGGAUUGAAAACCUGAUAUGAUUUGAAUUUUAAAAUGAUCACUGUGAAUGCUGGGUGGAGAGUGGAUUAAAGAGGUGGUGCUGGAGUAGAGGUGGGCAAACUACAACCCACAGGCCAAAUCCACCCACCACCUGUUUUUGGAAGGCCUGUGAGCUAAGAAUGAUUUUUAUAUUUUACAUUUCAAAUGGUUGGGAAUAACUCAAGAAUAAUAUUUCAUAACACUUGAAAAUUAUAUGAAAUUCAAACUUGAGUGUCCAUAAAUAUUUUUUGGAACACAUUGGAGUUCAUCGUGUACAUUUGGUCUGUGGCCACUUUGGUGCUGCAAGAGCAGAGUUGAGUGUUUGCAACUGGGAUGAUAUGGCCCCCAAAACCUAAAUAUGGCCCUUUAUAGAAAAAGUUUGUUGACCCCUGUACUAGAGUGUAGGCAGCUGUAUCAGUAAAGACGUUAAUGCAGAGUCCAGGAGAGAGAUGAUGGUGUCUUGAACUGGGGGUUACAGUGUACAUGGGUACAAGUGGAUAAGUAUGGGAGAUACUCUGGAGAGGGGACUGAGAAGUUUUGCUGUUGAAUUUGGAUACUGGUGGAACUGAUCAAAAAGGUUUCUUUUUCCUUCCAGUCUAGGUUUCCUAUAGGUUCUGUGACUAUAGUUUAUAAUUGUUCAUUUGCGUGAAUGUGUCAACCGUGACAGGGUGGAAAUUUUUAUUAUUUUUAAGGAUGAAAAUUACUUAUUUGGUUUUGAUUUCUAAGGUGUUUUUUUCCUUGUAUAGCCCCCUAACUGUGAUGGGAAUAGUGUUUGAAACCUUAAAGCUGUAGAAUCUGACAUUUGCAAUACAAUUACUUUUUAAACAGCAAUCUAAACCUUAAAAAUGUGUAGCCGUUGUUUUUGACCAUUUGCUGUAUGUGAAAUUUAUACAAUUUUAUAAGAAUUAUAUGUAUACAGCUCUCUAUACUUUUCAUUCUCUAGCAAUAUGGCUGACUAAAUAAUCUGAAAACGCUUCUGUUUUAAAUCACCUAGAAAUGCUAGAUAAAAUAUAAUAAACAUACAUUUAAGUGAACAGCUGAGCUUUCAGGAAAGUAAGGAAAACAGAUUCAAACAUAAAGAAAAGACUGAAAAACAGGAGUGUGUGAGUUGACAUUUGACUGCUCCGUGGAUGGGAGCAAGAGUUAUUAGUCUGGGCAUUGUUGGGAUUUGAAUUUUAAUGCCCUUGUGGAAACAGGUUACAAAGCCUUGAGUUUGUACAAAGUGGGGUAAUUGGAACAACAUCUAAACAUGAAACCAGGAUCCUUAAAGGACUACACUUUUAGCAAAGGGGUAGAUGAGGAAAAGAACCCGUCCAUCAGCACAGGGAGACUACAAAGAACCUUUCAAAUAAGACUUCCCUAAGAACUUGUAACUAUGCUCCUGCCUCUUGUUGGCUUGGGGUUUAAAUUAAUAUUACCUACUUGAUCUGGGAAAACCUAAACUGAGAAAUUAGUAUAAAAAGGAUUCAUAGGGUAGCAAAACCUCUGAGUUAUCUGGAAGAAGCAAACACAAAACAUCCUUGGUGGGACAAGCUUUCAAACGAGGCUGCCUAGUUUCCCACAGUUAACCUGCAUGAAGUUGAGUUUGCAAUAUCCAAUUAAAAAAUUCAGAAGACAGUCACCUAUUAUUACAAUAGACACAACGAAUAGGAUUAAAUCCCUAAGACCUAGAUAAUUAUCAUAUGGAGACCAUAAAAUAAGUAUGUUUAAAAUGACAAAAAGCUUAAAAUAAGGAAAUUAAAACAUAAGGAAGUAAAUCAAAAAUUUGGAAAGGAAUCUAAUAAAACUUAGAGAAAUAAAAAAUGUAGUCAUUAAAAAUAAAAUUAAUGAAUAAUCAGCAGAAAUAGUUGAAGGAGGAAUAAGUGGAAGAGAAAUCUGAAGAAGUUAUCCAGAAUGCAGGAAAGAGAGAGAGAAAGAAGAAAAAUAAAUCUUUAGAGACAAAGAAGUUAGAAUGGGACAAUCUAACAUAAUGUCUAAAGAAGUUCCAACAGGAGAAAAAAAAAUAAGGGGAUGAAGCAGUAUUUGAAGAGAGAAUGGCUGAAAAUAUUGCAUAUGAAUGAAGGGCAUAGUCCUUAGCUUCAGAAAGCCUAAUGAUUCUCAAGCAGGAUAAAUAAAAUCUAAUCCUCACCCAGACACAUCAUGAAACCAAAGAAAAUAGAGCAAGGGUUUUUAUGGGUAGCAUUCUCCUACAACUAAGAUAUUGAAAUCAACUCACGUGAAAUAAGAUUUUAAAGUUAUUUUCCAGUAUUAGUGAUAAGUUUUCACUGAUCUGUCUGCAUGUUCAUAUUGGUUCAACUUUGUGAAGUGUUUGAUAAGUUUUUUGCCAUGGAGCAUUAGUGUCUAAAUACUAAUUAGUAGUUCUAUGAGGAAAUAAUUUCUUUUUGUGACUAGUUUUCUUCUUGAGGGAACUAAGGAAAUACACCAUCAAGAAAACUACCAUUCAACAUAUUCCAAAAUGUGUGGGGACUUUAAAGUCACUGGUUAAAAAUAAUAGCAUAAUUUAUUUGAAAUUUUAACCAAAAAAAUCUGUUACUUUUCUUUGUUAUUCACUCAUUUAGUCCAGUUUUAGAGUUUUCUCUUUCUGUAUCAUGAAAUCAUUUUUUUUCCUUCUGAUUUCCACUCUGAUUGUUCUUUUCCUGUUUCUUAUUCAUAGACUUCCAAGGAACAGCUAUAUUUGCAAGUCACUUAAAAUCAUUUAUUCAUUGAAUGUUUAAAAAGUAAGAUGAAAUAAAACAAAACCCACUUUGCUUUCUUUCUCCAUUAGCAUUUCUCUUUUGAUUUAUUCCCCUUUUACCUGCUGCACCAGCUGGUUAGCAGACAAGUAUAGUGGGCCCUCUGUGAAAAUGAUUACCUCCAUAAUUAUUCUCAUUUCACCCCAUGAGUUAGCUGUUUUGUUGUGGGGUAGAGUGGGGUAGAGUGAGGCAGAAGCUAAUCUGCAUAAUCCUGACAGGUCAAAUUUCGCUUUGAAAUAUUCUGACAUUGGCCUCUACCAGCAUUAGUCAUAGUCUUGCUUAAGAGUUUUGUGAGCUGAAUAUUCUGUCGUUAUUUAAUCUAAACAGUUUCAUUAAUGAGGUGUGUGUGUGUGUGUGUGUUGGGGAGGAGACUAGGAAUUUCGGACAUCUUUCCCUUUUACUCUACAUACCAGCAAGCAUAUACACGUUCACCCUGCUUUUCCAAAGUAUUUUCCCCUGUAAAACCUCUUCAUAACAUCCUCCACUUAUUACUAGAUCUCGUUUUUAACCAUUUAACAAUUAAAUGUAUGUAUGUAUUUGAGAUAUAAAACUUAAAUCCUUUAAGCUUAUAUCUUAUUUUCCUAGCACGCAGUCUAUGUUUUUAGACAUUCUUUAUUACUUUAAAUAUCUUCUGAAAGUUCUUCUCCUUAUAAUCAAUCAGUUAUGAAUUUUAAACAACUUUGAUUUUAAACUGUACAUUUAAAUUUUUUCUACUUUUUAUGUUUGCAACUGAUGUACAUAUUCUUUUAUCAGGGUAUAAGUUUUCAGCAAGGAAAUGCUCACAUUUUCUUUGCACAUUUCCAUAUACAAAAAUGAGUUUACGUUUUUUAAUCUUUUAAAUCAACAGGCUAAGUUUUCUUUACAGUCAUUCUUAUUUAAUAUGUCAUGGAUAUUAAAUUAUGUUUGUAUAUUGUUAUUUAGGUGACUAUUAUAUGGUUAAAAAGAUUUUGGAGGAAAACAGUUCAGGUGACUUGAACAUAAAUUGCGUAGAUGUGCUUGGGAGAAAUGCUGUUACCAUAACUAUUGAAAACGAAAACUUGGAUAUACUGCAGCUUCUUUUGGACUACGGUUGUCAGUCCGCAGAUGCACUUUUGGUGGCAAUCGACUCUGAAGUAGUGGGAGCUGUUGAUAUACUACUUAAUCAUCGACCAAAACGAUCAUCAAGACCAACUAUAGUAAAACUAAUGGAGCGAAUUCAGAAUCCUGAGUAUUCAACAACUAUGGAUGUUGCACCUGUCAUUUUAGCUGCUCAUCGUAACAACUAUGAAAUUCUUACAAUGCUGUUAAAACAGGAUGUAUCUCUACCUAAGCCCCAUGCGGUUGGCUGUGAAUGUACAUUGUGUUCUGCAAAAAACAAAAAGGACAGCCUCCGACAUUCCAGGUUUCGUCUUGAUAUAUAUCGCUGCUUGGCCAGUCCAGCUUUAAUAAUGUUAACAGAGGAGGAUCCAAUUCUGCGAGCAUUUGAACUUAGUGCUGAUUUAAAAGAACUAAGCCUUGUGGAGGUGGAAUUCAGGAAUGAUUAUGAGGAACUAGCCCGGCAAUGUAAAAUGUUUGCUAAAGAUUUACUUGCACAAGCCCGGAAUUCUCGCGAAUUAGAAGUUAUCCUAAACCAUACAUCUAGUGAUGAGCCUCUUGACAAACGGGGACUACUAGAAGAAAGAAUGAAUUUAAGUCGUCUAAAACUUGCUAUCAAAUAUAACCAAAAGGAGUUUGUCUCCCAGUCCAACUGUCAGCAGUUCCUGAACACUGUUUGGUUUGGACAGAUGUCAGGUUACCGACGUAAGCCUACCUGUAAGAAGAUAAUGACUGUGUUGACAGUUGGCAUGUUUUGGCCAGUUUUGUCACUUUGUUAUUUGAUAGCUCCCAAAUCUCAGUUUGGCAGAAUUAUUCACACACCUUUUAUGAAAUUUAUUAUUCAUGGAGCAUCAUAUUUUACAUUCCUGCUAUUAUUAAACCUAUACUCUCUUGUCUACAAUGAAGAUAAGAAAAACACAAUGGGGCCAGCCCUUGAAAGAAUAGACUAUCUUCUUAUACUGUGGAUUAUUGGGAUGAUUUGGUCAGACAUUAAAAGACUCUGGUAUGAAGGGUUGGAAGACUUUUUAGAAGAAUCACGUAAUCAACUCAGUUUUGUCAUGAAUUCACUUUAUUUGGCAACCUUUGCCCUCAAAGUGGUUGCUCACAACAAGUUUCAUGAUUUUGCUGAUCGGAAGGACUGGGAUGCAUUCCAUCCUACACUGGUGGCAGAAGGGCUUUUUGCAUUUGCCAAUGUUCUGAGUUAUCUUCGUCUCUUUUUUAUGUAUACAACAAGCUCUAUCUUGGGUCCAUUACAGAUUUCAAUGGGACAGAUGUUACAAGAUUUUGGAAAAUUUCUUGGAAUGUUUCUUCUUGUUUUGUUUUCUUUCACAAUUGGACUGACACAACUGUAUGAUAAAGACUAUACUCCAAAAGAACAGAAGGACUGUGUAGGCAUCUUCUGUGAACAGCAAAGCAAUGAUACCUUCCAUUCGUUCAUCGGCACUUGCUUUGCUUUGUUCUGGUAUAUUUUCUCCUUAGCACAUGUGGCAAUCUUUGUCACAAGAUUUAGCUACGGAGAAGAAUUACAGUCCUUCGUCGGAGCUGUUAUUGUUGGGACAUACAAUGUUGUGGUUGUGAUUGUGCUUACUAAGCUGCUGGUGGCAAUGCUUCAUAAAAGUUUUCAGUUGAUAGCAAAUCAUGAAGACAAAGAAUGGAAGUUUGCUCGAGCAAAGUUGUGGCUUAGCUACUUUGAUGACAAAUGUACAUUACCCCCACCUUUCAACAUCAUUCCUUCGCCAAAGACUAUCUGCUAUAUGAUUAGUAGCCUCAGUAAAUGGAUUUGCUCUCAUACAUCAAAAGGCAAGGUUAAACGGCAGAACAGCUUAAAGGAAUGGAGAAAUUUGAAGCAAAAGAGAGAUGAAAACUACCAAAAAGUGAUGUGCUGUUUAGUGCAUCGUUACUUGACUUCCAUGAGACAAAAGAUGCAAAGUACAGAUCAGGCAACUGUGGAAAAUCUAAAUGAACUGCGCCAAGAUCUGUCAAAAUUCCGAAAUGAAAUAAGGGAUUUACUUGGCUUUCGGACUUCUAAAUAUGCUAUGUUUUAUCCAAGAAAUUAGCGAUUUUCUAAAUCACGUAGAGAAUAAUUUUCAAUAAUAAAUCUGAAAGACUGCAUUUGUAUAACUUGCAAUUAAAUUAGUAAGAUAUAUAUUGAAAUAAAGAAUUAUGUAAAAGCCAUUCUUUAAAAUAUUUAUAGCAUAAAUAUAUGUUAUGUAAAAUAUGUAUAUACGAUUAAUUUUUUUAAAACCCUCUGUUCGUGGCUUUUUGCAGUAAUGAAACAGAUUAAGUAGAUAGAUUUUGUUAGCAUGCUGCUUAGUUUUCUUAUUUAAACGGUGCUUAAAUUUUUUUUCCCUUUCUGCUUACGAAGGGCAGCAUUAGAAUUGUAGUGACUAUUGCCAGAAGGUUUUGUAAAACUGAAGAUCAGCAAAUGUGGACUGAUCUCCUUCCAUAGGGUACACUUGAGAUACAGAAGUCUUCUUUUUUAAAAUCUUUGUUUUAGGAGUUUACAUAUAUAGUUCAGUAUUUAUUGUUUAGGAGUAUAGGUUUACCUAAAACAGUAGUCUAUUUUUUCUUUUGUUAUAAUCUUAAGCAACAAAGAUAAAGCCCUAAUGAAUGUUUGAAUCUAUUUGUGUCUAUAAAUUUAAAUUCACCUCAAUGUUUGUUACUGUAAUAUAUUUACUUUUACAUGGUUGUAGUCACUUUAUAUUUUUCAUUUUGCUUUUUUCACUUAAUAGUAUUUUAUAUAUACAUUUCCAUGUAUUGAUAGAGUCCACGUAUUUAAAUUUUUAUAGAAUUAUAUAGUUUUUGAAAAAUAUAGUUAGUAGACUUUUCAUUUUGUAGCUAUAGAGUAUUUGAUUAUGUUUAUAAGUUUGCACAGCUACUUCUCUAAGGUUAGGUAUUUAUUGGCUUUUAAUUUUUUAUUAUCAUAAAAGUGAUAUAAUUUUUUUUCAAGCUGGAGUGAAUGUUCCUAGUUAUAAAGCUAACCCAAAAUAAGGAUUUAGAAGGUAUUUCUUUGUUAUGUAUGGUCACAGCCUGUUUUGUUUGUGUAAACAUUGGAAGACCCUUUAAUGCAAGGAUUUGUUUUACUUUUGGACUAAGGUUCUUGAUCUUAUAUCCAAAAGUAUUUUCCACAGGAUUUAACAUAGUUCUAGAAACGGGACUUCAUGCUUAUUUGUGGCUCAUUCUUGAUGCUUAGGGUGAAAAGCAUUGACUUUUUAAAUUGGAGAAUAAAGUAUAUAUUUAAAUUUUUUUCCUGUGCUCAUGUAAGGCAUAUAGUUAACAUUUUUUUCAUAGGCUAUUCCUUAUUUAUUCAUGCAGCAUUUCCAGUUAAGAGGUUAUUAUGUAUAUAAUUAUCUUCUUAACUGAAUGUCAGAUGGUCUUAAGGCCACAGGGUGCAGGUAGCCCUUGGUCUAUAAGUACCACCGAUCCAGGGAUCAAUGUUGAAAUAUGUUAGUGUUGUGUUUCAUCUUGCUUUUUACUUUUUAUUUUUUAAUUUCCAAAUUGUAAGUGUUCCCUUUUUUGGGCAAAUUCUUAUAUAAAAAUGUUUAUUGUAAAGUUAUAUAUUUUGUCUAUGAUGGGAUUAAGCACUUCCCGAUUGGGAUUUUACAUCAGGGUUUUUAGUCAUUCUAAAAAAUAUCUAAUUAUUAAAUCAAAAUAUUUAUAGAGUGCCUACUGUAUGCAUGAGUUACUUACAAGGUAUAUUUUGAAUGACAGCAUAUUGUAAGAAAAAAGGUAAAUAAAACCUGACAUUAGAUUAUAAAUUGA